AGAAAACCAGUCAAGAGUGAAUGUCUGUGUGCGUCAGUGUUUUAUCUUGGUGAGGACAAAAUGUCACCAAAACAGUGCUGACUCUGUAGCUGGUCCUCACAAAGAAAACUUCCUUUUGUAGCAUUUUAUUUUAUUUAUUUAUUUUUUUGCACAAAAUCUGCAAACUAAAAGAACUUGUUUCCUUUUAGUUACUGAGGUUAAGGUUAGGGUUAGAUUUAGGUACAGUGUGUAUGUGUGUGUGUGUGUGUGUGUGUGUGUGUGUGUGUGUGUGUGUGUGUGUGUGUGUGUUUCAUAACCCAUAAUAAGAUAAUGACCCGGACACAUGUCUAUGAGAGCCGGUCAUAGUGACACAGACAAAAAAAAAACAACCUUUCAGGGGAAAACUGAAAGAUUGCCUUCCCAUUUGCUCCUGGACACCGAGGUGUGCUAAACACUCUCUCACUCUCUCUCUCUCAGCCUCUCUCUCUCUCACACACACACCUCACAGUUCUAAAACAUCUGAAUUGAAAACGGGACACAGACCGAGAUAAUUUUCAGACGAGACGUUAUUCUGUAUAAAGUAAAUAUCAACAUAAAACAAUGGAGCGACCGUCGAGGGUUUGGCUGGUGUUCACCGUGCUGUUAUCUUUUCCAAUUUAUUCUUUUGCUCUGGAAAAACUGAACAUGUGCAUGGAUGCUAAACAUCAUAAAACGGAGCCAGGACCAGAAGGAGAACUUUACCAGCAGUGUGCUCCUUGGCGUGAGAAUGCAUGUUGCACUGCGAACACUUCAGCUGAAGCUCAUGAAGAUAACUCGUACCUGUACAACUUUAACUGGAACCACUGUGGGGUCAUGAGUAAAAAAUGUAAAGAGCAUUUCAUCCAGGACACGUGUUUCUAUGAGUGUUCUCCUCACCUGGGGCCGUGGAUCCAGCCGGCGGAUGACACUUGGCGGAAGGCGCGUAUAUUGGAUGUGCCAUUGUGUUUGGAGGACUGUAACUCGUGGUACAAUGACUGCAAAAAUGAUGUCACCUGCAAAGAGAACUGGCAUAAGGGCUGGAACUGGACCUCAGGUACUAACCACUGUCCUGCUGGAGCUCAGUGCCAGAAGUGGACAGAGGUUUUCCCCACCGCUCAGAGCAUGUGUGAGAAAAUCUGGUCCAACUCCUACAAGUACACCACGUACACCAAGGACAGCGGCCGCUGCAUGCAUAUGUGGUUUACGGGCCAGAACCCUAACACAAAAGUGGCAGAGUUCUACCUGAACCAGGGCUCUCGAACAGAGACAGCCAAGAUUACGAGCCUCACACUCUCACUUGCUGUCCUUCUCUCAAUGCUUUGAAAUGCUAAUAAAGAAAAAAGCUAAAAAAAAAUCCCACCCCUUUUCCUUUUUUUUAACAAUAUGACGUUUUUUUUCUAUUGUAAUUCACCUCACAGGCACCAGAUGGCGCUACAUUUAAUAUUGAAUUUUUAUUAUUAUUAUUGUUAUUAUUUUUAUUAUAAAACAUGUUAAACAAAUUGGUGCACGGUGGCUUAGUAGAUAGCACAUUUUCCUCACGGGGGUCGGGGGUCCGAUUCCUGCUGUGGCCCUGUGUGUGUGUGCAGAGUUUGUAUGUUCUCCCUGUGCUGCGGGGGUUUCCUCCAGAUACUCCGGUUUCCGGUUGUGCCCUGUGAUGGAUUGGCACCCUGUCCAGGGUGUACCCCGCCUUGUGCCCCAUGCCUCCUGGGAUAGUUUCUAGAUUCCCCGUGACCCUGAAGGAUAAGUGGUAAACAAGAUGGAUGGAUGAAUGCUAAACAGAUUAUAAUUCAACACAGAUUUUUAAAUUGUUUAAAAUUACAUAUUAAAGCAAGGGUGACAAGCUCAUUCUGCCUGGGCCAGAAAUCCAGAACAACUGCAAUCAAAGACUAUUAUUAUUAUUAUUAUUAUUAUUAUUAUUAUGAAACAUUUUCUGUUGACUAACACUAAUAACCCUAGCUGUGAAAUGAGAAAAGGAUGUUUUGAGGAUUAAGAGGGCUAACAGAAACUAUUAAAGUGUAUGUACUGUUAGGUAAUAACAUUCAUUAUACUGAUUAUAAUAAAAGUUUUAUGAAUAUAU